CAGCUCCUGGGCCCCCGCCCCCUCGCGGUCUCCGCCUCCUUCCCUCACACACCCCCCGGGCCGCCGGAGCCCCAGGCCUUCCCCGCGCUCCUCCUCCUUCUCUUCGCACUCGCCCUCCGACCCGGGUCCUCCAGCCGCCCGCCGGCCUUGCUUUGCUCCCUGCCGGGGAGUCCUCGUUCUCAGGCUCUCCUUACACACACACACACACACACACACACACACACACAGACACACACACACACACGCGCUUGCCGAGCCGCCACUCCUCACGGCCCCACAUCUCCUCGUCCUAGCUGACGCCGCCGUCGGGGGAGGAUUGAUGUCCCUUCAGCAUCAUGCAGCCGCCGCCGAGGAAGGUGAAAGUUACACAAGAACUGAAAAACACUCAAGUUGAGCAGAUGACAAAACUUCAAGCCAAACAUCAAGCAGAAUGUGAUUUACUUGAAGAUAUGAGGACAUUCAGUCAGAAGAAGGCUGCCAUUGAAAGAGAGUAUGCACAGGGUAUCCAGAAGUUGGCUAGUCAGUAUCUGAAGAGAGAUUGGCCUGGAAUAAAAGCUGAUGAUCGGAAUGAUUACAGGAGCAUGUAUCCUGUUUGGAAAUCUUUUCUUGAGGGAACAAUGCAGGUAGCCCAGUCUCGGAUCAAUAUAUGUGAAAACUAUAAAAACUUCAUUUCUGAGCCUGCAAGGACAGUGAGAAGCUUAAAAGAACAGCAACUAAAAAGGGCUCUUGAUGGAAAUGUAUAUGAUCACCUGAAGGAUUAUUUAAUAGCCUUCAGCCGGACUGAGCUAGAGACAUGCCAAGCUGUGCAGAACACAUUCCAGUUUUUAUUAGAAACCUCCAGCAAGGUGGUACGGGACUAUAAUCUUCAGCUGUUCUUACAAGAGAAUGCUGUAUUCCACAAGCCCCAGCCCUUCCAGUUCCAGCCCUGUGACAGUGAUACUAGCCGACAAUUAGAAUCAGAAACUGGGACCACAGAGGAGCACAGUCUAAACAAGGAGGCUCGAAAAUGGGCCACCCGUGUGGCACGUGAGCACAAAAACAUUGUUCACCAACAAAGGGUUCUAGAUGAUCUGGAAUGUCAUGGAGUUGCAGUGUCAGAACAAAGCCGGGCAGAGUUGGAACAGAAAAUAGAUGAAGCUAGAGAAAAUAUUCGUAAAGCAGAGAUAAUUAAGUUGAAAGCUGAAGCCCGGCUGGAGCUGCUAAAGCAGAUCGGUGUUUCUGUGGACACGUGGCUGAAGAGUGCAAUGAAUCAAGUAAUGGAAGAACUGGAAAAUGAACGAUGGGCUCGCCUUCCUGCAGUGACCAAUAAUGGCACUUUACAUUCGCUUAAUGCAGAUCCCGAAAGAGAAGAAGGAGAAGAGUUUGAAGACAACAUGGAUGUUUUUGAUGACAGCAGUUCCAGCCCCUCUGGCACCUUAAGAAAUUAUCCACUUACCUGCAAAGUUGUUUAUUCCUACAAGGCUUCCCAACCAGAUGAGCUGACCAUUGAGGAGCAUGAGGUGUUAGAAGUGAUUGAAGAUGGAGACAUGGAAGACUGGGUCAAGGCUCGAAAUAAAGUUGGCCAAGUGGGUUAUGUGCCAGAAAAGUACCUACAGUUUCCCACCUCGAGCAGUCUCCUGAGCAUGCUGCAGUCCUUGGCUGCUUUGGACAGUCGGUCACACACAUCCAGCAAUUCCACGGAGGCCGAGCUCGUUUCAGGCAGCCUCAACGGAGAUGCCAGUGUCUGUUUCGUGAAAGCACUUUAUGACUAUGAGGGCCAGACAGAUGAUGAAUUAUCCUUUCCUGAGGGAGCAAUCAUCCGAAUCUUGAACAAAGAAAACCAGGAUGACGAUGGCUUCUGGGAAGGGGAAUUCAGUGGGCGGAUUGGAGUUUUCCCAUCGGUGCUAGUGGAAGAACUUUCAGCCUCAGAGAACGGUGACACUCCCCGGAUGAGAGAGAUUCAGAUCUCUCCUUCCCCCAUGCCACCGGGCUCCCUGCCUCCACUGCCGCUGUAUGACCAGCCUCCCAGCAGCCCUUACCCCAGCCCAGAGAAGAGGAGCUCCCAGUACUUCCCGCGCUCUCCUUCAGCAAAUGAAAACAGCUUCCUUGCUGAGUCACCAGGAUUCUCACGGGCACCACGGCAUACUCCUGAGACCUCAUAUGGCAAACUGCGACCCGUCCGGGCAGCUCCCCCUCCACCUACACAGAACCCCCGAAGGCCAGCAGAGAAGAUUGAGGAUGUAGAAAUCACACUGGUGUGAUGAUGGGUUUACCCAUCCAUUACUGCUACAAUCAAGGCCAGGCUUGGCGUUUGGCCAUUCUUGUUCUUUAGGCACCUUUGCAUGAUGAUGACUCUUGAACAGAGUGAAAACAAGGAGGCUUAUGUGACUGGGUGGCCUGGUGGACUCCUCCCACGUUUUGGAUAUUUUGUGCCUUUUUUUGUUGUCAUUUUCUAUGUCAUCUCUCCUACCAUAGCACAAAUCCUAGUGGGCCCUAGAAGCAAGGGGGUACAGCCCUCAUGCCUAUCAGUGGCCCAUUUUUAUAUGAGACUCAAGACCAGGCCUCAUUCAGGGCACAGUCACAGAGAAACUGAUCAUGUGCACUCGUACAGUAUAUUACUGUGGCCACAAGGGUGUGGCAAAGACCCUCAUCUUUCUUCAAGUGGCUUUUGCUCGUCUGAUUAAGUUUAAUCAGAUCAUGUCGGCUGUGUAAGGAACUAGAAGGAGGGAUUUCAGGAGGGGCUGGCUCCUCCCCACAGUUAGUCCCCAGAUUGAGAAAGUGAAACUUACUGGGAAAAAGUGGACCGCCCUGAGUUUAUCGCCAGUUGCAUUAAUGCACAUCUCUUCCACAGCUAACAGAUUAAAAACAGUAACAGUGUCCUUUGUAUUAAUAUUUACGCCAUUCAUUUAGUGUUAGUGGAGCUAAUACGGAGGGGCUGAACCGAUAGCCAAAUCUUGUCCAUCAUAUAGACUAAUAGAAAGGAGGCUGAGGCUGAAGCAGAAAUGGAGCUUCCAGAUCUGAAAUGAGCUGAUUUAAUAUUCUUUUUGUAUUUGGGUAUUUUUCAUCUUAAUUUUUGCAGCAUAUAUUCUUCUGACCAAUAUCUUUAGAAUCUGAAUGUCUAGAUAAAUUGGGGACACAUACUUGCCUUGUUGAGCUUCUCUCCUGGGGAGGCCCCUCAUGUUUUAUUCCCAAGCCGGUGCACGAGCCCAGCCAGCCAGCCUGUGGCUGCCCGAGACCAGUGGCCACCCCCCACAGGGUGCCCCUGGCCUGAUAAUGCCUUGGGAGGAAGAACCUGUGGCUCAUGGAGGAAACCAGCUUCCUGUGAAAAAGGACUAAAGGACUACACACCGCGCCCAAGCGCAAAUGGACAAGGAAAAGACAAGUUCUCCAUGUCACAAGGAGAGCCAAAAGUAGUGUUUUCCACAGGCUAGCAAGCUCACAGUGGCAGGUGGCCCAGAGUAGGUCUCUACUGUCUGGCCACCUGUGGAAGAACAGGAGUGCCAAACCCAGGGACAAGGGCAUUUUUUUUUUUUUUUUGGCCAGUUGCGUUUUUUUUCUUUUAAGAGAUCAGAUUUGCAGAAUUCAAUCUAAAAGUUGUAUUAUGCUUUGAAAACUCCAUCCCUCCUAAGAAUCUUUAAAAACUUGAAAUGCUCGCCAAAUGUCCCCAUGGGAUUUUUGACCAAAAGUCAGGUUACAACUGAAGAAAUCUUUAGUCAUUUGAUCACUUCAGUGACAGUACCCAGUGACAAGUCUUCUCUGUGAUUUGGGGUUUUUAUUUUGUUUUUUGCAUUUCUUAACCUGUUGAUCUAUUUGAGGUCUUUUUGUGUUUAUCAAACUUAUUCUUAAGUUUAAAAAAAAUAAAAGGGUGGCUUUUUUAAGAAUUUAAAGUUCUCUGACAAUUUAAAAAUCUUCAAAGCACUUUAAACAGUCUUCCAAGUGCUUGAAUCAGAUAGUUCUCGCUACCCAGUCUUGUCUUCUCUUUAGCUAGCCAAAUUGUCCUUGAAUCUGGAUUUUCCACAUUCUCAGAGAGUUAUUUGAAAUCUUUUGUUAUAUUUUAAAAUAUUUUUUGGAAGAGCUGCUAAUUUUAUUUAAAAAAAAAAAAAACAAAAGUUGUAAAAAUAUGCCUCCUUUUUAAAAAGAACCCCUCCCUCCAGGACAUAUAAUCCAGCAUCACAGUGCACAGGGCCAGGCUCGGAGGGAGUGCCUCUGUGCAGAUGUGCUUUCUUUACAGUGGCUGUAAAAAGUUUGUAUUUAUUAUGUAUAAAAUGUUGAAUAAUAAAAAAAUGGAAUUAAGUUUU